CGAACUGUGUAACAACGGCUGUGCGGCGAGACCGAGAGAGGCUCGCGAUUGCGAACGAACGAGUGAGGGAGCGAGUCGGCCGAUGGUCCACGUCGCGCCGCGCUCUUUUCCCCGGGCUUUUAAUUCAGGUCAAGAGUAUCCUCGCCUUUUUAGACGCACCCUUGGCUCGCGUGCACGCGCGCGCACGCCUAUCGAGGACUGCCUUUUAUGGUCCGGUAUUUGAAAGCAAGCUGCCGUUGCCGCGGGCGUUGUAGAGGAUUUAAUCGCGCUCCAAUCUUCUCCGAGAGACUUUGCCGAUUAUUCUUGUUUUACUCGCGAGUAUACGAGUCAUGUGCGUUGUCGAUGUAAGGCGCGCUUAGGGAUUGACCGAUGUAAGACAUUCCUGGUGUCCUGGCAUUGUUGUUGUAACAACUGCUAAGUGAUAAGCCUUAUCUUUCUUCAUAAAAGUGUCAAGAUGUACGGUUAUAGCUAUCAGGAGCUGGCUAAUAGAAUGAUGUCGUCCAUGGAGGAGUUUCAGGAGGCGUUUCAGUUGUUUGACAGCCGUGGGGAUGGGAAGAUCCAUGUGUCCCAAAUUGGUGAUGCAUUACGUGCGCUCGGUCAAAAUCCGACCGAGUCGGACGUGAAGAAGUUCACUCAUCAGCACAAACCGGACGAGCGUAUCAGCUUCGAGGUGUUUCUUCCGAUCUAUCAGGCGAUCAGCAAGUCUCGUACUUCCGACACGGCAGACGACUUCAUUGAAGGCCUGCGUCAUUUUGAUAAGGAUGGAAAUGGUUUCAUAUCUUCCGCGGAAUUGCGACACCUUUUGACGACACUCGGUGAAAAACUCAGCGACGAGGAAGUGGAAACGUUACUGGCGGGUCACGAAGAUACACAGGGUAAUAUCAACUACGAAGAUUUUGUCCGCCAAGUUAUGUGCGGCUAAGCCUAAUUACUUAAACGCACAUAAGAGAGUAUUAUUAUUAUUAUUGUUUACUUUGCCAUUUAUCCAUCGAAUCUGUUGAAGCGUUUUACGUUUGAAGUAUCAUAUCAUAGCAUGUAUACCUAUAUAGCGAUUUAUCUCGAAGGAGUCCUAACGUGAACACUAUUUUAUUACGUACUGUGGAAAAGGAAGGUUAGUCCCUUUUACGUAAGGGUCUAAAUUAGUUAAACAAUGGUAGGUAAAACAAUCUAGCGCAUUGUGCCUUGACGUAUACUCCGAUUUACGAGCAUUUAGUGAUAUCGAUAGUAAGACAUACGCCUAUUGUGCGAUCUUCAGCGAAAUAUCUGAAUUCCGCGGACAUUCCAAAAUUUUUGUAAGAUAGACUUUGAGAAAACUGAAGAUGUCUGGCCCUCGAGGGCGAGGCUGAGCAUUUUCAUUUAUGCUGGCACUUAAUGGCCACUUGUACUUUUCUUCUUCUCUCCUCUUUAUAGAGUUCAAGAUAUCUUCUGUGUAGUUGAAAUUCAUGUUCGAGGAUCUUCCAUCUACUGUUACACGCCUUGGAAAAAGUGUGCAAAGAGUAUCCACUUUAUUUAUUUAUGCAUGAGCGUAUUUAUGUCUCCGAAAUGCGCAAGAAAGGAUUAUUGUAUAUUGCAAUAAAUAAAAAAACAUUACUUUAAGAA